AUGCUAUUAGAUAGAUUUUUUAAGGCUUUAAGUAUGAAUUAUUAUAUAAUUAAGAAAUUAAAUUUAAUUUGCCAAAAAAUAAUGAUUAAAGAAAUUUGGCUUAAUCCUUUGGUAGUGGGCAAGAUGUUCACUAUUCAGGGACUAAUCAUAAAUCAUAUAAAAUUUUUUUCUCUAAACUUAGAAGCUUAAUCGAAUGAGCCGAUCUCAUUAUUUAUAAUCACCAAUUAUAUGCAAAUUAUUUUCUGGAUACAAAUUUUAUAUUAAUAUAUUUUUUACUCUUAACCAAAGGGUUAACUUUCUAAAACAAGGAUUUUUCGAGUGGUUUUGCUUGCUAAUCAAAUGGGAUAGUUAGGACAGAAAUAAAUAGCACAGGUAAUAAUGAUAGGAUAAAAAACAAAUUCCUGGUUAUUAUUAUAUUUACAAGAAAUAAUUUUUUUGUAGUUGCAAUCAGUGAUGAGUAUAAUAUAUAG